AAAGUGUACAAGUCCGCAUGGCUUUCAGAAAACUCCUAGCAAACACAUUAACGAUGUCUAGGAAUAAGAUGAUAUUGGAUGACAUUGGAUAUUUGUGGAUAAAUACGCCGGCAUAUUUGUGUCCAUACUGGGUACUGGAUUAAAGAGAGUGACAAUGGCGAGGAUGGAGUCUUUCCCUUAUGAAGAUAUGAUCACUGGGAACAAAUGCCGGGUGUCUGAGUUAUAACAACGCAACUGCACGUUAACGUGAACUUCAGGCCGUCACCAUGAUGAAGCUAAAACGCCAGAACGUGCGGACCCUCUCGCUGAUCGUCUGCACGUUCACGUACCUCCUCGUCGGCGCCGCCAUAUUCGACGCACUCGAGUCCGAGAACGAGGUCAAACGUCGGGACCAUCUAUUGAGCGAAGAGAACAUGUUACGUAGCCGAUACAACAUUACGGACGAGGACUUCAACUUUCUGCGACGUAACGUGGAGCGGACGGUGUCCUACUAUGCCGGGAUCCAGUGGAAGUUCAGCGGCGCGUUCUACUUUGCGUUGACUGUUGUCACUGCCAUUGGUUACGGUCAUAGCACACCGCAGACAACUGGCGGAAAGAUAUUCUGCAUGUUCUACGCGCUGGCCGGUAUUCCUCUUUGCCUCGUGAUGUUCCAAAGUGUGGGUGAACGUCUUAACAUCUUUAUUACGUAUGCGCUGAAGCAGAUCAGGAAGUGUUUCAAACUGCACAACCAAGAGGUCUCAGAAACACACGUGAUUCUUGUCACUACGCAGUUAUCAAGUUUAGUUUUAUCAAUGGGUGCUUUGAUGUUUUCUUACUACGAGGGAUGGCGUUAUUUAGAAUCGUUUUACUACUGUUUUAUUACAUUGACUACCAUAGGUUUUGGUGACUAUGUUGCUCUGCAAAAAGGGGAAGCGUUACAACAAGAUGUUAAGUAUGUUAUAUUCAGUAUUGUUUUUAUUUUGUUUGGACUAACUGUUAUUUCUGCUGAAAUGAACUUAUUAGUGUUGCGAUUUUUGACGAUGAAUACCGAAGACGAACGACGAGACGAACUCGAGGCUGCAGUUGCCGCCCAGAAUGCAAUUCAUCUCGAUGGUGACGUCAUCACUUCCAACGGAAAUGUUCACGUUGUAUCUAACGCUCAAGAACGCCAAACACCAGGGACACAGGAAUACAGUGAAAUUGUGUCCGUCUGUUCGUGCUCCUGUUAUAAAUGGCGCUCGAAUCGCGAAGAAGACGAACAAGAGAGUAAACGCCGUGGUACGAUUUUUACAACAUCCGGAAGCAAAAGUAACACAAACGUCCACCACGAUGACAGUAGUGAGGAAACAGACUCGUUUUUACAGUAUCACUCGAAAAGAAACUCGCUUUAGAUUUAACUGUACACACCGAAUGUAUAUUAUGUCCAUUGAAGUAUGUUUUAGCGGUAUAUUGCUUCCCUUUGUUGUAUGAGAUUCACUGUUUUCUGAAUGUCUUCAAACUACAGCGUGUUUUCGAAUAUGAAGAUCAAAGGUUUUUGGUCAUUUGAUAUUUGUUUUAUUCAAAAUUCAGAAUCGUCUGAAAUACAUUUAUCCUGAUCUCGUUGCAUACGGUAAAACAUUUUGAGAUUUAAAAAAAACCUGAAGGGAAUUCCAACUCGUUGAUUAAACCUCCAUUUAAAUGCUAAGAAAGUCAACGGACAAAAAGCAUGUUUGGGCAUGAAAUGUACUCCAAUAUCAUUAUCAUUUUAUUAUUUUUUGUAUUGUAUGUCAUUAUUCAAGAUCAUCAUCGGAAGCCACGAUAAACGUUUAGUUAAUACAAAAAAGUACCGUCCGUAAUGACGGUGAAAG